UUUUUUUUUUCCUUCUUCUGGGUUUGGUUCAAAUAAUCAUGAGGUGAGUGGAUGUAGGCUACCAAUUGACUGAUACAUUGGCUGUUAGUAAUUUCCGUUGACGAGUCAACUCAGUGAAACUUGCCUUGCCAGUAGAUUGCUUAUUGAUAGGAAACUUUGCAAUUCAUGAAUGCUUGAAUUUUUUGGAAACACAACACAAUUAAUGGGGCUGCCAUAAUGGUCCUUCACCACCUCGAUUCUUUUGCACGGAGAUCACAGCUUGAAAACUCUCAGAUUGAGUUAAAAUAGCCUAAAAGGAAAUUAAUUCCUUUGCCAACAAGGAAUUGGCUUAAGCUGGCCCUAGAAAUUGAAGACCACCGAAGCACAUACCCCUUGUACGCAGUCAAUAGCGAAUUAUAGAGUUAUCAGUUAUGCAGCAACAGAAAGUCAUAAUACCAAACAACAAUGGAGAAAAGCUUGUUGGGAUAUUACAUGAAAGUGGAUCUGUGGAGAUUGUGAUCUUGUGCCAUGGUUUCCGAUCCACAAAGGAAAACGACACUAUGGUGAACCUUGCUGUUGCUUUAGAAAAAGAAGGAAUCACUGUCUUUCGCUUUGACUUUUCUGGAAACGGGGAAAGUGAAGGUUCCUUUAAUUACGGGCACUAUUGGAGUGAAGCAGAGGACUUACGUGCUGUAAUUCAACACUUCAGUGGCACAAGCCGUAGAACAAGUGCAAUUCUUGGCCACAGUAAAGGAGGAAAUGUGGUGCUCUUGUAUGCGUCAAAGUAUCAUGAUAUCCCCACUGUGGUUAACGUUUCUGGUCGUUAUGAUUUGAAGAAAGGAAUUGAAGAACGUAUGGGUAAAGACUUCUUUGAACAAAUCAGGAAGGAUGGAUACUUUGAUGUUAAAAAUAAAAAAGGAGAAGUUGAUUACCGAGUGACUCAGGAAAGUUUGACAGAUCGCCUAAAUACAAAGAUGCAUGACGCAUGCCUUCAGAUCGACAAAAACUGCAGGGUAUUGACAGUCCAUGGAUCUGCUGAUGAAACCAUUCCAGUCGAUGAUGCAGUGGAGUUUGCCAAGAUCAUACCUAACCACAAGUUACACGUUGUACAAGGAGCAAAUCAUGUUUACACCAAGCACCAAACUGAAUUAGCUUCAGUUGUUUUGCCCUUCAUAAAAGAGGGUAUUCACAAAGGUGCUUAAAGGAACCCAUUCGCCGUUGAGAGAGAUUCUUGAGCUAUAAAGGGAUUAUCAAAUUUUCUUUUUUCAAAAAAGUACAUGCAAGAAACCUAAUCUAAUAUAAAAAAAGUAAAAUAAGGCUGUAAGAUUCUUGCUACUUUAAUUUUGCUCAUUUCAUUUUUGGAGUAGUAGUGAAACAGUAUGAAGUGGUGUGUAGUGCAUGUUAUGAUGUAUGUGGUAGAAUAAGAAAAGUAAAGUCCUAUGAUGUAUGUAGUAGAAGUGGCGUGUAGUGCAUGCUAUGAUGUAUGUGGUAGAAUAAGAAAAGUAAAAUGUUAUGAUGUAUGUGAUGUAAGCAAGCUCCUCCUUACACCUAUAAAAGGAGGGCUCCUCCCCAUUGUAAAACAAAGUCAGCGUGUUCUCAGUAAUAUAUUUCUCUGUUGCUCUCU